AUGUCUAGCCGCUCAUUCCCGGAGAGUGAUGCUCAUCGAGAAGCAGCUCGGCCAACCCUCCCUUCUGUUCGCGAACUUUUCCCAGAAUUAUCUCGUACUCCAAGACCUUCCGUAAUACCUCCUCCUUCCUGGGUGGGGUCAAGUCACGACCCAUACUGCGCACCACAUAUGGGUCAGUCAGAUGUCCUAUCUGGACCAGGCUUGCAGAGAAACCCUUCGAUACCCUACCACCCUAUUUCUUCCCGUAGUUCACGACACGAAACGCACCCAACACACCUCCAUCCAUCUCAUGAACAUCCACCGCACUCAAUGUAUCAUUCUCAGCAUCCACCAAAUCAAUUUUCUCGGUCAUCCACUAAUAGUGGCCAGGGACGGCCAGCCUACGAUUACACGAGUCACCCAGGGCCCAGCUCAUAUCUGGAUUAUUCAAGGCAUCAGUAUGCCGGGCAAUCCAUGAUGGAGCCCCCUGGAUCAGCAUCUUAUAUUCCACGCUACCCUGAUGUAAGGGGUCAGCAUUACCGUAGAGACUCUCAAGAGACUACAUCUAGUAUGGACGAUUCCAGUCCUCAUGCUAAUGCCGGGCCUUCAUCACUCAAAUACGAGUGCGACUACUGUGGUAAAGGCUUCAAUCGUCCCAGUAGUUUAAAGAUCCACCUGAAUAGUCAUACUGGCGAAAAGCCCUUUACGUGCACCUUUGAGGGUUGUGGUCGUAGUUUCAGCGUGCUCAGCAACAUGCGUCGGCAUGCUCGCGUGCAUGCCGAUGCCUCAGGACGCUAUCAUGAGGACAGCGACGAGUCAAACGACGCACAUUCACGUUCCGGGCGUUAG